CAGGUGUACUCGGAAUCGUUUCAAUGACGGACGAAUACGCAGCAGCGUUCACCUCUGUUUCAGUACUCGGGGCGCGUUCACUGGAAGUGGUUAUGCACAUGCGAUAAAGAAAAGAUUCGCAUUUUGGUGACAUCAGAGCACGAUAGAACGUAUCGAGUAUCGAGCGAGAAAAAUUAUACGGGUGGAUCUUUAAUCGGUAAAUCUUCUAGUGAAUUCGACGAUUUUCUGACAGCUCGUUUUCAGAAGAAUCGAAAACACCGCGAAAACACCGAAAAACUAGGAAGACUCCUCGUGGGUUUACAAGUGAAAAUCUGGACCCUGGGGUGUCAUAUAGUUAUGAGAAGCAAGAAGACGGAGCGUGCAUGCUGAGGCGACCGACGUUUAGUGACUUUUCCAAGAUCGACCGGAAAGUCCUUAUGGUAGGUGAGGGGCGUGAACGAUCUUUCCCGAGCGAGAUCCAGAGGCUGAAGGGCUGGCCCCGUCGUUGGAUCCACUCGGCCAGUACCUACAUUUAGAAUAACAACGAUGACCGAUCGUAACGAGAACCUGCUAUUAAAGCCAACAAAUCAACUCAACGUGCAACAGGUACCCCACAGAUCUGCCUGCAAUUGGAACAACAAUAACGAUAUUCGCAACAACGGCUCGACGAACUUGAUCAAAAGAGACGGACUAACCACAAGAGAUCCAAAUUAUUAUCCACGAUCGAACAACUAUCAGAGAGAUCAAACAAAUUCGAAUUAUCGUCUGCCGAGAAAGGCGCCCAUCGUUGGCUGGCAAAAUGGCAGUCCAACGAUAUUUCCAAGCACACCGUGCGGCACGCCAGAUCCAGAAACGCACAAUACGAUCGAUUUGUCUCGUUCCCAAAGCGUCGCCUCGUCUACGAAAUAUUCAGAGAUCGAUCCAGAUUCUGGGAACACCGAAGACCUCAGUAGUUUGGCGGACGAAAGACUUCUUCAGUCUACACCAGCUCAUACCAUCGAUCGAAGCGUGGAAUCGUUGUCACCCGAUAAGGACACUUUCUUAACGACAUCUCCGGAAAUUGGCAAAAGCAAGGAUCUAAGUUUGACCGACGAUAUAGAAGACAAGAUCGAUCUACUGAGUCCUGGAACAGACUGCACGGAGGACAGAGCACCACCUACUCUUGUUGACAAUAGUUUCCUGGCCUCGCCGAACCUUACGACAGUACCUACCCCUGUCAAUAAAAUCGAGUUAAUAAUAACAAGCCCGUUACCCAACGAGUUGCGCCCAUUCCAAGACAACGGGAGAUCCAACAAUCGCAGAUAUUCGGAGACAAGGCCAAUAAUCACCCCUAAUCCUGGCUACAGAGACGACACAAGGGAUUCUAUCGAUUCCGAUAGCACUUUAGAAGACGAAUUAGCCAACAAGGGAGAAAGGAAACCUAAAGUGCCAGAUGGUGGAUGGGGUUGGGUAGUCGUAUUGGCUUCUUUGGUCAUCUCCAUGAUAGCCGAUGGAGUGUCCUUCAGUUUCGGCCUUUUGUACAUCGAAUUCCUUAAAGAAUUCGGUGCGUCUAAAUCGAAAACAGCCUGGAUAGGUUCUCUUUUUAUGGCUGUACCACUUUUGUCCGGUCCUAUAAUGUCGGCCUUAGUAGAUCGUUACGGAUGUAGGAGCAUGACCAUCGUAGGUGGCCUGAUCUCAGGAAUAGGCUUCGUGUUGAGCUCUUUUAGCAAUUCCAUCGAGGUAAUGUAUUUGACUUUUGGAGUCAUCGCUGGUCUAGGUUUGGGUUUGUGUUACGUCACUGCGGUCGUGAGCAUCGCGUAUUGGUUCGAUAAGAAGCGAACCCUAGCUGUAGGAUUGGGUGCCUGUGGCACAGGGAUCGGUACCUUUUUGUACGCACCCAUGACCACGUAUUUCAUCGAGGAAUAUGGCUGGAGAGGCACUUGCUUGCUGCUGGCAGGCACCUUCUUCAACAUGAUCGUUUGUGGUACGGUAAUGCGCGACCCUGAAUGGUGGAUCUUGGAACAGGAAAAGCAGAACGGUGCAACCCCGAAAAAGUCGACGACCAAGUCCGAAUACGAUAGAUCCAGUGUCAGCCCUGCAGACGAGUUUCCUGGGAUCGAGGAAUUGAGAAGGAUGCUGAAGAGCGGACAUACGCCGGAGUAUUUGUUACAGCUUCUCAGUGCCACCACGGAGGGUUCACAGACGGCGAACGGGGAUAUUAGAUUUAGAAGCGUGGUUAAUCUACCUACAUUCGUCAAGCACAAUGAAAAGGUGCCCGUGGAAGUAUUAGAAUCGCUUUCCAGUAACCCGAGACUGUAUAAGGUCAUUUUGGAGAACUAUCCCAACCUUCUAUCAUGUAGAAGUUAUUCGGAUAAAAUGCUACAAGAUUCCACUGGAGAAGUCGGCAAUAAGAGUGUCGUCACAAUGUCUAUGAGGAUCAAACAAGCACCUGACGAAUCAAAACAUGACAAUUCGCAUACAACGAAUAAUGUUCACUCGGGAUCUGCAUGCAACACCAUAAAGAAUCACAUAACGAAAAAAAUAUCUAAAAAAGAAUCAGAAGAAGCUAAUCCUCUCUUGAUCAAAGAACUUGAGUAUACAAUGAGCGAAGGACGAAAAUCAAAAUCGAUUUCUAAACAACGCAUAGCGGAUCUUAGUUGUGGAGUCGUCAGAACGGAUUCUCUCCCGUGGUUAAGAAGACAAUUUAAUACCAAUACUCACCAUUUUAAAGAUAUUAGAGUUCACAGGAACUCGGUCAUGUAUCGUGGUGCUGCUCUUAAUUUGCACAAAUACAGAUUAAGGGCCAGUAGUUGUCCUGAUAUUUAUAGGAAUAGUAUGACUACAUUAGCCAAAGAAAACGAAGAGAAAUGGUACAGCGAAUUAGUAGACUUAUUGAAAGGUAUGAUGGACUUUUCAAUGUUCCUGGAACUGCACUUUUUAUUCCUCUCACUGUCAACGAUCUUGUUGUUCACUUGGUUUAUUGUGCCUUACUUUUAUCUUGCCGAGCAUCUUACCAGAAACAGUUACAUCGAGUCUGAUGCUGCGAAUCUCCUUAGCAUUAUCGGCAUUACUAAUACGAUUGGAAUGAUUGGUCUUGGAUGGGCAGGAGAUCAACCUUGGAUGAAUGUUAGUAAAACCUACACUUGGUGUCUGGUUGCUUGCGGCGUGGCAACGAUUUUAAUGUCAACGUUAACUCCUUAUUAUAAUCUGCUGAUGGUCACCUCGGCAGCGUUCGGUCUCUUUUUUGCGAGUAGCUUUAGCUUUACUCCUGUUAUAUUGGUAGAGUUGAUACCUCUAGAGAGAUUCACCACUGCCUACGGCCUUAGUUUACUUUGUCAAGGUAUAGGAAAUCUUCUUGGUCCACCACUGGCUGGUUGGAUAUUUGACGUAACGGAUUCGUGGGACUUGUCUUUUUGUUUGGCUGGUGGAUGGAUUGUUAUUUCUGGGUUUCUGGUAGGCCUUAUUCCGUAUACGAAAAAUCGGAAGAUUUGGGGCAAAGGACCCAUCGAAAUGGAGCGUGAGAGAGAUAGUAUAGCUUGAAUUUAUUAUUAAUCGACUCAACUCUUACUUUCAACAAAGACAAGCGAUGGAAUUGUUGAUUGAUAAUUUACUGUUAUUUUAAUCGUCGAGAAAAGAAAAAUAUUAAUUGUUGCAUUAAUUUUUCUUUAAUCUAUAAUGAUUUUAUCAUCAAAUUUCUUUUUAUCAAAUGGAUGUACUUUAUAUACAGUGAUAAUAAUAAUACUUAUUGAUCCGUAAUAUUUAUAAAAUAAACCGUAAAAUGUAUAUAUGUUAAUAACUUGAAGUUAUUUAAAUUGCAGUGAAAUAUAGUUAAUUGUAUUUGAAAUUCACUGAAGAAAUCAUAAUAUGUGAAGAAUUAGCAAAGAUACAAAGAAACAAUGAAUGUAUCAUAAAAUUUUUUUAUCAUGCGGCAAACAUAAUUCACUAUUUAAUUAUUUGGUGGAUUUAUUAGAGUUUGAUUUAUUCGAUUGAAAAACAAAUGCAUCCUUAUCUUUCAAAUUGCAAUUUAUCCUUCGGUUAAUAUGUGCGAUGCAUGUCGCUUGCGUAAAUGUAGAUAUCCAUAAGUGAUGUAAACGAAUAUCGAUAUGCAAUUGGUAUAUAUUAUUCGCUGUUGUUCCAACAGUACAAAGCUAUAAAAUACAUAUUAUUUGUUUUUCUUUAAAAAAAUUAAUUCGCCAAUAAUUUUACUAAAGACAAAAUUCUUUCUUAAAAACAAAUAAAACGAUAAAAAAAGGAUGUUUCCAAAAAAGGUGCUCGUAAUUAAAAGAAACUUGCUUUGAUAAAUAUUUACAAAAUUUCUAUGUACGUGUAUUACUAGAAAAACAUGUACUAACAUACAAAUAUAUACUAUUUGGUAAUUCAAUUUGAAUAUUUCUGGACAAGGAAGUGGCAAACUUAACUGAAUUUAUACACUUAUAAAGGUGUUAACGACAAAAAAAUCUUGCGUGUCCGAAGGAACAAAAACGUGAGGUCUUUCGUAGGUAAUUUUAUGACGCCUGCUUCCGGACACAAGAGGCUAUUUUUUAGUAGAGACUUUAGCAUUUAGAACGAUUUCUUUCAACAAUUCUAACAAUCUUCUCUAUUUUCCAUGCCUAUCGUGUUAUCAAUGGCCAUGCGUGUCAUAAAUCAGGUUACCUCCGAGGGGUCAUUAGAACGUUAGCGACAUAUGAUGGUCUGAUCGAUUGCCUGGAAGAUCACCUGGAGUAUCGUUCGUGGCCUAAUCAUCUCGAGGUCUCGCGUUCGUCUAGAAAGCGUUCACCCUCUUCCCUUCGAGGACAUGGUUCGAGCGCAUGAUAGGGUAUAACGGUAUGAAUGAUAUCUAAAGAACAUGCUGAUUGGAUUUUCUUUAAAUUUGCUGCGAAUACCAUCAGAUUGAUACACUUCUAAACUUCUGCCUUAUAACGUCAAAUAUAGAUAACAAAUUGAGAAAUCAAGUCUGCCAUGCUAAUUAAAACGAUGCACAAUAAUUUUUCGCAUCGUUGUAACGAAACGUCCCAACUGUGAUCGCAACCGCUGUCAGGUAAAAGUUAGAAAAAUUGUGAAAUUAGCAAAUGUAUUCUCUAGUUAAUAAGUAUUCGGCAUUUAACUAUAUUAACGAAGAUUUUUGAAGCGCAAUGUUACCAUAUUAUACACCGUAAUGACAUAUUUCAAUUAAAAAAUAAAAAAAAAAUAAAUCCAAAAAAACUUAUUCGAUUUUUAGAAAUGUCUGUAUAGCUUUUAGAAAUAUUUAAUCAAUCGAUAUCAUGGUAGAGACGUAAGGAUACGUAACUAUAAUGACUGCAAUUUUACAUAAAUCUGCUGUUUCAAUAUGUACAUACUUAUAUUUUUGCUUAAAUAGGCACCCUGUUAUUAGAAGUUUAACAGAAAUAUCACCAAUUGUUUCCAUUACAUUAUAACGAAUGUUAUUAAAAAGUCUCGUUCUUAAAAAAGAUUGUGCUUAUAAAUAAUUAUGUCACACGCGUAGAGCGUAUAAAAAUGGAUACAGUUCUUUCUCUACAAUUUCUUAAUGAUGUGUUAACUUCAUUUUCGGAUUUCUAUGUCAUUUAUUCUGUGUCUCUUGAGAAAAAGAAAUUUGAAAAGAAGAAUACGCUUUAAGUAUAUCGUCCUUACAAAAUAAAUUGUCAAAGCUUUCCCUCGGAUUGAACUGAGAGUCGUAAAGUGUUAGUUUCUGCUUCUGUUCUCUAGCGUUCAUUGGGACGCUAGUAGCGCCUUGUUUCGUGUACACAAAGGUACAAGAUAACAUCAAAUAUUUAUAUUCUAAAGAUAUAAGUCAAUUGGUUGUCCAUAUUAUCCCGCUAUCGCGUUUUAUGCUCAAUAAUCAAUGAGAGUUUUGAUACUGUUUGCAACAAUGUUAUAUUUAAUACUACAUAGCGUAACAGUGUCAAGUGUGAUAAUAAAUGUAAACUUUAUCAGGAGUUUCUUGAAAGUAGAUUUGAAAUUACGUAAAAUUAUACAUUAUCUUAUACAAUAAAUUAUACAUACAUCUUUUCGAAGUGGACACGGAGUUUAACAAAGUUUUCAGUUCCCACUAUUGUUCAUUUGUUGUAGCGCGCGUUUGGAUCAAGCAAGGAUAGAGGUCGAAAUACAGUUCAUUGUCUUAUUGUCCUCAUAGAAACGGGUCUUCCUUCGAUUAUACGCGUCCAGUUAGGUUGAAUUUCGCGCGGUUGGGUAUCCUCCUCUCGAGUUACACACAUACAACUUGUAGCACGGAGUAACGAUGAAAGCAACGUCUUAAAUUUUCUACCAACCCCACAAAGUGAUACUGUGUUAUUGUUAGAAAAUACCACCUCUACCUCUAAUUCAUUAACUAAUCGUGAAACAUUUUUCAUCACAAAGACAACCAAUAGCAUCUCUUUUAAGACAUCCACGAAGGGCUAAUAUGAUUUUAAAAAAACAGAAUGGUUUUGACCGCAACAGUGAGAAAUGUAACCUUUUAAAAUUAUUACAUUUAGCAUCGAUUAAUUUCACUUUAUACAACUUUUUUAUAUUCUAUAUUAUAUAGUUUAUAACGAUAGAAUGUUAUUGUUAUUAAAUUAUUUUACUUUUAUUAGUGAUAGUACUUGUAAUUUGUUAAUUAGCGAUUCAGUAAUAGUAGUAAAAAGUGACGAUGAUAGUUGGUGUUAUCAUGAUUACCAUUGUUUGCACUGAAACCUAUAGAUAGAAGCGCAAGUUAUAUGGAGAAAAUGGGACAACGUCCAUUGGAUAUGAAAAAGACAGGGAAUAAAGAAUAUUAGUAAGUAACUAUAAUAAUAUUACAUCAUUCUAUAAUGCUAUAUCAUAACAUAAGAAAGAGUUAUUCAAUUUUAAUUUUUAACUACGAAUUACGUGCCACUUUAAUGUUGUAUACAAUGUGUUACGUUUUUUAUAAGGUAUACAUAUGUACAUAUACAAUGUAUAACGUAUCAUCGCUAAUAUUGACAAUGAGCUACUAUAGUAUGCGCCCUGUUGCAUACAUAUGACUUACAAUUUGACUCAUGCAGAAGCUUUAAUAAUUUAUUUUCGAAAACUAAUAGAAUUAUGGUUCGUCAUUUAUGGUUAUAUCGUUAUAUCAAUUAUGGUUAUAUCGUGAGUUUGUCAAAAAAUGGCACAAUUAGAAGAAGUAAAUUUUUCGAAACACAUUGGUGUGAAAUAGAAAUUUUUAAACAGGAAAUAAUUAAUAGUCUAACUAGCGAUGGAAAAAUUUAUUUCCUUUUAAAAUUUAGAUAAUAAUUUUUUAGCUUUGAUAUAUAUUAUUUUUUAACCAAAUAUUGCUUAGUUAUGUUGCUUACUAUUAAUUGGGGUAAUCUAAGUGUAGUGUUAAACAGUUUUGAAAUUAUGACACUCUUCUCGUUAAAUAACAUAAUUUCGUUAAGUAAAAUGAUAAGGCUCCCUUUUAUAAUUAAUUUUCAUCAAAAUUGACAACUUUUUAAAUACUCGAUUAAUUUUAGAUACUAGUCAAAGAUGGCAAUCAAAUUGUCAAAUUAACUUCCCUAACGUUGAAUUGUUUAUACAAAGUCAAGCUAAAACGGAAGUUGUGAUUCGUGGAAAGAAAUGUUUUGUCAAAAAAACGAAAUAUUUUCUGUCGACCGUAACAUUUGUAACGUAUAAUACUUAAAAACUAUUAACCAUUGUAACAAGUAAUAAGAAGAAGAUUUAAUUUCUUAAUCUUUAUAAUGCGCUAUGCAUUGCCGCAAAAUAUAAAUUGCUGAAAGUGUAUGUAUAAAUUAGAUACGAAUGUGUAUAUUUGUAUAAAUAUAUAUACUUACAAUAUGUUGAAAGAAA